UGCUCAGUUACCUUAACAACAGACGGCUUCCGUAGUCACUGAAGUCGUUGUGUGAUCAAUAUUCCGAAUAUUUAGCAAUCUCUAACUAUUGCCUAGAGAGGAAUGCCGGUAAAAUCAAUAAAGACCAAAGGGGGGUCCACCCAAGGCGGAAGCCAAGCAGGUGGAGCUAGUACCCUGAAGGUUAAUAAAGCUAGAGCACCAGUCAAAGGCAAGAAGGAUGAUGAUGAUGCCACAGAGGCUGGAGAACAUGGAGGUGAGGAGUGGAUGCAGACAAAGUCUUUGAUAAAGCCUGAUGAUCAGCUGGAGUUAAAUGAAGUGGAGCUGAAGGAAGAAUUCACCAGAAUUCUUACAGCCAACAAUCCUCAUGCUCCACAGAAUAUUGUCAGAUACAGCUUCAAGGAUAAUUCUUUCAAGCAGACAUCCCAUGUUGACCAACUAGCCAUCCAUUUCUCACUGGAUGGUAACAUGAUCCACAAAGACUCGGAUGAAGCUAGGAGACAACAACAGAGACAUGGUGCUUCUGAAGCAAUCAGUGACCAGGCUAUCAGUGAAGUUGGAGAGGAGAAGAAAGAGGAAGAUGGAGAGCAGAAAACAGAAGAGGGUGAGAAUCAAGAGGAAGGUUCUGAGCCCAAGGAAGGUGAGAAGAGGGAUGAGGAGGCUACCCCUGCUCCUGGUGAGGCCAAGUCUGAUCAGAAACUCACCAAUCAGUUUAACUUCAGUGAGAGAGCCUCACAGACAUACAACAACCCAUACAGGGAAAGAGGAACACAGACUGAGCCACCACCCCGUGCUAACUUCUCAUCUACUGCCAAUCAAUGGGAGAUAUAUGAUGCAUACAUGGAUGAUCUUGAGAAGCAGGCUGAGGAAAAAGCUAAGGAGAAGAAGGCUGCACCUACCAAGAAGGAUGAGGAUAAGAACAAGAAGAAGCUGACAGCCUUGGAAACCCAAUCAGAUGAUAUGAGUCGCAUCAGUCAUGCUGCUAAGAUCAUUGAGAGGAUGGUCAAUCAGAACACUUUUGAUGACGUUUCACAAGAUUUCAAGUACUACGAAGACAUGUCUGAUGAGUUCCGAGACCAGGAAGGAACUCUCUUGCCCCUCUGGAAGUUCUCCUAUGACAAGUCCAAGCGUCUGGCUGUCACUUCGGUGUGCUGGAAUCCCAAGUAUAAGGAUCUCUUUUGCGUUGCCCAUGGAUCAUAUGAUUUCAUGAAGCAAUCUCGUGGCAUGAUCCUCUUCUACACACUCAAGAACCCAUCUUUCCCUGAGUUCGUCUAUCCUACUGACAGCGGUGUGAUGUGCAUUGACAUCCAUCCCGAGCACCCUUACCUGAUCUGUGUUGGCUACUAUGAUGGUUCUGUUGGAGUCUUCAAUGUGACAACCACUGAUGCUAACCCUGUCUUUCAAAGCACAGCUAAGACUGGCAAGCACACAGAUCCAGUCUGGCAGGUGGCCUGGCAAAAGGAUGAUCUGGACAACAACCUCAACUUCUUUUCUGUAUCGUCAGAUGGACGAGUAGUUGCAUGGACAUUAGUCAAGAAUGAAUUGACGUACACUGAUGUGAUUCAGCUUCAGCUUGAUUCAGCUCCUCAAGAUGGCCCUGAAGGAACUCAACUAACACCUCUAGGCUGUGGUACCUGCUUUGACUUCCACAAGCAGACAGACUACCUGUUCCUUGUGGGUACAGAAGAGGGUAAGAUCCACAAGUGUUCCAAGGCCUACUCCAGCCAGUUCCUGGACACGUUUGAUGCCCAUCACAUGGCUGUCUACAAGGUGAUGUGGAACCACUUCCAUCCGAAGAUCUUCAUCUCCUGCAGUGCCGACUGGAGCGUCAAGAUCUGGGACCACACCUACAGGAAUGGGCCAAUGUUCACCUUUGACCUUGGAAGUGCAGUUGGUGAUGUAGCCUGGGCUCCUUACUCCUCUACAGUCUUUGCAGCAGUCACAGCAGAUGGCAAGGUGCAUGUGUUUGACCUCAAUCUCAACAAGUAUGAGCCGAUCUGCGAGCAGGCUGUGGUACAGAAGAAGAAGACCAAGCUGACUCACGUCACCUUCAACCCAAACUUCCCCAUCCUGCUGGUGGGUGACGACCGGGGCUACAUCUCCAGCCUCAAGCUCUCCCCCAACCUCAGGAAGGUGCCCAAGGACAAGAAGGGGGCCGUCCUCAACCACGGACCAGAGGCUGAGAUCGCCAAGAUGGACAAGCUGCUAGCCCUAGUCAGGGAGCCACCCAAGGAUAACAAGAGCUAAGAGCUAGGAGGACAUCCCCAGCAAUAUGGUUGGUCUAGGAGGAUUGAAACGGGAAUGAAUUCACUAAUAAACAACAGUUUAGCCAAGUGGAACAGACUUGAUCAGAUUUAUUUGACUUUUUGUUGUUGAUACACAUGCUUAUGUGUUCUUCAUUUCAUGAUAUUGAAUUUAGCACACUAUGAAAUUAACAUACAUUUUUGGAUACACAUGCUUAUGUGUUCUUCAUUUCAUGAUAUUGAAUUUAGCAAACUCUGAAAUUAACAUACAUUAUAUGAAGUUUGUCUUUGGGGAAGAGGGGGGGGGGGGGGAUGUAUCAAACGCUACACAGGUCAUCAAAGAUAAAUAGUUACUUCCUCGAGUACAUCUUCUAUUUGAUUAAUGAUCUUGACAUGCAUAUUCAUGAUUUCCUCCAACAUUAAAUGCUAUUUUAUUUUUCUGGACACAAUGGAACAAUAUAUCUAACUGAAAAUCCUUACAAGGAAGGGAAUUAUGUAUAUUCCCCUUUCAAUUUUCAUACUUGUACAAAGGAAACAUGUGGCCUUUCUCCUCUUAUAUUUUAAUGUUUUGGAUCAUUACUGAGUUGUACAUAUGUAUAUUACUAGAGUGUGUAUAAAUUUCAAGAACAGAAGGAUACAAAAGUCUAUUCAAGUACAAUUUUGUCAUUGAACUUACCUAAGAUAUAUUACUUUUCUCCUGCCUAAUUUCGCCCAUUUUUGUUGUAUUUUUUUCAUUCUCUUAAUGGAAAUAAAACUCAAUUAUCACAUUUAUUUUACUUCUACUAGCUAUUUUUUUCUUCUGUGAUAUAAAAAUUGAAUAUGUGCUUAUUUAUUUUUCAUAAAGGUCUGUAUGGAAAACACACAUUAAUAUUACAGA